UAUUUCCGCUUCUCGGUGGGCGGCAUGUCUGACGUUUCUGAGAUCAAAGGCCACCGGAGGACCUACGUAGGCGCAAUGCCCGGAAAGAUUAUCCAAUGCCUGAAGAAGACCAAGACGGAGAAUCCUCUGAUCCUGAUUGAUGAGGUAGGCUGA